AAAUCUGGGACCGGAAAGGAAAAUGUUAUUUUUGCUAGCAUUUGUUAAAUGUGUAGCUGCUAUCGUAUUGCUAGCGGUAUUUUUUCUCAUUUUUUGAGUUUUGUUUUCCACUUAUAAUUGUAUUCUUGCUACGACCAUGGAGUCUAGCGGUGCAGGGCGAGGAGGAUGGAUGUCCAGACCAGCCCAGCCACAGAAGAACAAGAUGAAUAUGAACAUUCUUCGUCAAGAAAAACUAAUUGCUCAAAAAAAGAAGGAGAUUGAAGCCAGAAUGGCUGAACAAGCAAAACUGAACGUACAAACCCCCAGCAAGCCUCCACCUUCAAGCUGCCCCAAUCUUCAAGGACCCUCUUCCAACAAGUUUGCAAAUGACGGAAGCUUCCUACAGCAGUUCAUGAAGCUGCAGAAGGAGAAAUCAUCUGAUUGUUCCAGUGAUACAAAGACCCCGUCAGCCUCAUCUUCAUCUCCAGGAGGAAACUCGAUGCAGAGAAAGAGUGUUGUGUUUGGCCAGCGGCCCGGCCUUAAAGUUAGCAAAAUGCUUAGUCAGUUCAAGAGCUUUUCACAGCCCAAGAAGAGUCCUGUUCUCGGCCAGAGGCCGAGCGUUUUUUGUUCUCCAGACGAUGAAGACGAUGACGAGGAGAACGAUUACUCAAAAUUCCUAGAGAUGAAAGUCUCUCCUCCAGAGGAUUCAGACACCAGACUUAUAAUCAACAAGAUGGCCUCAUUUGUGGCAGAAGGAGGACCUGAGUUGGAGAGGAAGGCUGUGGAGGACUACAAAGAUGAUCCACUUUUUUCGUUUUUACACAAUAAGGGCAGCCUGGAGUAUCUUUACUACAAAAAACAAGUCGCAGUAUUAAAGAGGGAAUUGGAGAGAGCCGAGAAUAAAGCAGAUAAUGUCUCCCCCCCAGUGGACGAGGAAACCCAGCAACUGGUUGAGAAUCUGGCCAGGUUUGUGGCGGAGGGUGGCCCUGAGGUGGAAGCCAUCGCUGUUGAGCGCAAUCGGGACAACCCCUCCUUCAGCUUUUUGUACAACCAUCAAAGCCUGGCCCACCAACUUUACAGAGAAAAACUGCGGGAAUAUCAGGCCACAACCUCUCAGAGCUUUUCGCCUGCAGUGGAGGAAUCUAGGGGAAGCAUUCACCGACCAGGAAUCUCCCCACUGCUCAACAGCACACCCGUGCAUCUGAGUCAGGAGUCAGCAACACCGCCUGUCAAACGCAAGAGAAAGAGUAGAUGGGGUUCUGAAGAUGACAAAGUUCAUCUGCCUAUUCCUCCAGUUGUUAUUCCUCCAGAGGUUAAUAUCCCAGACCCAAACGCACCUUCCCUCUCCGUCCAGGAGCUGAGUGGUCUUGGUUAUAAGAAGGGAAAACCUCUCGGUCUGGUUGGAGUGACUGAACUGUCUGAGGAUCAGAAGAAACAAAUCAAAGAACAACAAGAGAUGCAAGAGAUGUAUGAGAUGAUCAUGAAGCACAAGCGUGCGAUGGCAGAGAUGCAGAAUCUGUGGGAUAAAGCUAUGAGAGAACAUCAGCAUGAGUAUGACAGCGAUGAAGAAGUGGAUGAUAAGGCUGGUACCUGGGAACAUCAGCUGAGACAGAUGGAAAUGGAGAAGACGCGUGAGUGGGCAGAGUCUCUGACAGAGAUGGGUAAAGGGAAACACUUUAUUGGUGACUUCCUUCCACCUGAAGAACUGGACAAGUUCAUGGAGACCUUUAAAGCACUCAAAGAAGGUCGGGACCCUGACCACUCGGAGUACAAAGAAUUUAAGUUGACCGUGGAAAAUCUUGGCUUCCAAAUGCUCAUGAAAAUGGGCUGGAAGGAAGGAGAAGGUCUCGGCAGUGAAGGACAGGGAAUCAAAGAUCCAGUCAACAAGGGAAACACAGCCAUGAACGGAGCGGGAUUAGGAAUCGACCGCCCAGCUGAGCUCACAAGAAACGAUGAUGAGUAUGACGCUUUCAGAAAGAGGAUGAUGCUUGCUUACCGCUUCAGGCCCAACCCGCUGAACAAUCCCCGGAGGCCGUAUUACUGAUACAGAGGACCACUUCUAAAGCUCGUUUCUGCAUCUGCCUCUUGUCUGCUCGCGCAUUAAUUGAACGUUUUAGCUGUGGAGAUGUUUGAGUCCUACGUGUCAGAGAAGUUAUUGAAAUCCAAAAAUUAACAACAGAUUAGCUACAUUUUAUGUUUACCACAAAACAAAAAUAGCACAGCUCACGCUUUUGUUGCAUUUCAGCUUUAUAAUGUAACGUGUUACAGUUUAUAAAAACUUGUAUUUAGUUUCUGUGAUGAUUUUACUCUCAUCAUUUUGCAUCCUCAGAAAUCUUUGCCCUCCUGACUAUAUAACAGUUUUGCAUAAGAACACACUCUUCUGUGUAAUUUGUGCAUCUAGUGAUGUUUUCACUGUGCUGUAAUUAUUGCUUCCUCUCAUUGUGUGCUGCAGUGAUGACAAUAAAAAAGAUCUCUUACUGAAA